GUGAGGCCUUUUGGGGCGCUCGGGGCGGCGUCUCGGGCUCAGUGUGGGCGGCGGCGGCGGCCGGGGAUGCGGCGGCGGCAGCGGCUCUUCUUGAUGGCGUCGCCGCAGCUGCCGGGCGCGGCCGGACGGAGGUAGCCGGAGCCGCGCCGAGGCGGCCCUGGCAGGCAGGCGGGCGGGCGAGCGAGCGAUGGAGGAUCAGGCGGCGCAGGAGGAAGGCGAGGCCGAGAUCCAGGAGCUGCACGGGCCCGAGCACUGGUUCAGCCAGUGGGAGCGGCAGUGCCUGGCCGAGGCCGAGCAGGACGACGGCAGCGGCCUGGGCGGCGGCGGGGGCGGCCCGCUGCCGCCCGAACUUCAGGACGACGACGAGGCGGCCGCCGCCGCCACCCCGCAGCCGGAGCCCAAGCAGCAGAAGCUCUGGCACCUCUUCCAGAACUCGGCCACCGCCGUGGCGCAGCUCUACACGGACCGCGUGUGCCAGCAGCCCGGCCUCUCCCUCUGGGUGCCCUUCCAGAACGCGGCCACCGCCGUCACCAACCUCUACAAAGAAAGUGUGGAUGCUCAUCAACGGAGCUUUGAUGUAGGAAUCCAUAUUGGCUAUCAGCGCCGUAAUAAGGACGUCUUGGCUUGGGUUAAAAAGCGCAGAAGAACUAUUCGCAGAGAAGACUUAAUCAGUUUCCUGUGUGGCAAAGCGCCUCCUCCACGAAAUUCUAGACCUCCCCCAAGACUGACUGUAGUAUCCCCUAACCGGGCGACAUCCACGGAAACUAGUUCUUCGGUCGAGACGGACUUGCAGCCCUUCCGGGAAGCCAUAGCUCUUCAUGGUCUCAGCGGUGCGAUGGCCAGCAUCAGCGUUCGCUCGAGCACCCCGGGCUCCCCCACUCAUGUGAGCAGCGGCUCCAACGGGAGCCGAAGGAGAAACGGACUCCAUGAUGUUGACUUGAACACUUUCAUAUCUGAAGAAAUGGCGCUCCACUUGGACAAUGGUGGAACUAGGAAGCGUACCUCAGCCCAGUGUGGUGAUGGCAUUACGGACUCCCCAACCCAUAAACGCAACCGUAUGAUCUAAAUGGCAACCUUGUUUUCACCCUCCCCUCUUCCCCGCCCGCCCCUUUGCUCAAAAGCCCACUGGUGCUCAUCCGCCCACUGGGAAAACGAAUUUGAGGCUCGCUCUUCCUGAGUCACACAAAAAUUGCCAUUAAAAAAAAAAAAAAGAAUACAUCCUGAGGGUAACACUCCUCUUGAUCUUCUGUGGCUUUUCUCAGAGUAGAUUCUUUAGCAGAGGAUUCCCAACAUUGUGUAUUAGCUAGCAAGCUCAUCGCAGGUAGAUCACACAUCCAUUCCAAGGCUAAAAGUGACCUUACAUGUACUCCUAAAGGGAAGAAAGGAAAUAUCAGACAUUUAUUUGAUUAUAGAUUGCUUUUUGUCCUUUAUUUCUUGACGUGUUUAAAUAUUUGCUUCAACAGUAUUGCCACUUUUGACAACAGUGUCAACACCAUGACUUGGCAAGUAAGACCCACAUGCUUCCUUUAGAGAGAAUAUAUAUAUAUA